CAGCAACAUAUUUCGAGGCAAAACUAUACUUCUUAGCUGUGCAAAAGAUUUUAUAAAAGGACCCCACUUCCCCCAAGAUAUGGAAUCAUUUCCCAAUACUCCAGGCUUCACCUCCCACACUGAGCAUCUACAUUCAAUCCACCUCCAGUAAUUCAACUCCACCACUCCAACCCCUUUUCUACCAGUUUUAACACCAUAUCAUUCAACUCCAACGAAAUGGUUUCCUUUACCACCUUCGCCUCCGUCAUCUCUAUGGCUCUCUUCGCCAGCGCCGCCCCAGCCGUCAUGGAAGCAAGAGGCCCACCACCACCAACCUGGUCCGCCCUCGACUUCGCGCUCUUCAAGGCCGAUGCCGGCCAGGAGUACCAAUGCUAUAACAAUGUUGCAGACCUCCACGUACCGCCUACCGAUCUCGGAAACUGCCACACGGCACCUACUUUCUACAAUGCCAGAAUCUGGGAUCAGGCUUGGGGUUAUACCUGUAAACUUGAGGUUUAUGGUAACGGUGCGUGCAAUGACCCGCCUGUGGGCACUAUUUUGCCUAAUGACUUCUCCUACCCUUGCAAGUUUCCCGGGGGCUCGCUUGUUGCGCUCAACUCUUGGAAGGCGACCUGCACCUGGUAGGUGCAGAUCGCGGGUACAUUGGAUAAUGGAAGAGGGCCGGGCAUCGGACAUCGGGCGUUAGAGAGAGGCAGUAUAAGAUGGGUUAGGAGUCCUAAUGAGUUAAGCGUUUCUGGGUUCUUGAGCAUGUUUGAUGGCACUUUAUGUAUCUUCAGCGUUUUCCCAGCGUUUUAGUGUUAAGGUAGCUUAGAAAGGAAUUAUAUUUGAGUUUCAUUUAGAACUACGUCUCUUUCAUACGAGGCAAAGAAUACUCAUAUCUAUAGGCAGAUGUAUAAAAACAAUGUCUAAACAUCUACAGGCG